AUGUCAAAUACACUUAGCAUACACAGCAGAGUACAAGUGGAAAAUGACAUUUCAUACGCACAACGUCUUAUACGUCAUAUUACUAGUUUUAUUAGAUGCAAGAAAAGAGACGUUACACCAAUCUCACACGUGCAGUAUAUAGCACUUUCAACAACCUACAGCUACGAAACUAUAGUAGCUACUGGACUUGUCCUUUUUAGAGACGCUGAUAUUGCAUACAAUAAAGAAAGUGAUUCGUUUAAAAGAAAAAUAGAAGUAACAUGUUUGGUUGCACGCAGUGUGAUACAAGAAGCAUUCAGUAAUUGGUUACUUACACUUAAACAGUCUGAUUCUUGGUUUAUCGAAGGAUUUUUGACAUUUUACGGAGUUUAUUUAGUCGAUCAGAUUUACAGUGAGACUUUACUGAUGUCGAUUGUGGUACAGACACGACGAAUGGUUUUUGAAUAUACACAAGCUUUUAUUGAAUAUGAUUUACCACUACAAGAAAAUCGACUUUUUCACAACAUAACUUUUAGUAAAAUGUGGAGAGAAAAAACAUUCACUAUUUUCUAUAUGAUUAGUAGCUUAUUCCGUAAUCAAGAUGUAGUAUACAACUUUAUUUUUGAGAACGCAAUAAAAUUAUAUAACACUACAUCAAGUGAGACAUUAAAUGACCAGUCUACUCUCGAGAUUAUAUGGAACAAUUUAAUGUUGGAGCCGAUCAUAAAUAAAAAUAUGUAUUUAGGAAGUAUAAAUUUAACAUAUGUGAUAAAGUCAUGGAUGACACACGAUGGUUAUCCUGUGGUACAAGUAAUCCGGAACAAUGAUACACAAUUUCUAGAAAUUAUGAUUCGAGAUUGUGUUACGAAUAAAGAAAAAGACAUAUGUGCAUACAAGUGGUGGAUACCUGUAAUCUAUGUACAAAUAUUAAGAAAGGCGUCUAGUACUAAUUAUGUGUACCUGAAACCAAACGGAAUAAGUAUCUUAGUUCCGUAUAUUAAAGAAGAUGAUUUUAUCAUAAUCACAGCGCACAAUGGAUAUCGUGUCAACUAUGAUCGUAAAUCUUUGGAAAAUAUUGCUCUCUUCCUAAAAAGUGAAAAAUCUGAGAUUUGGAAUGCAUCUAAUUUAACUGACGUCACUUUAGCACAAAUUCUCGACGAUGCUUUUUAUUUUUUAAUACAAAAUACAAAGUAUUUUGUACCUCCUGCUGCAAAUAGUGAAAAUUUAGACAUAUUUUUCAAUCUUGCAAGCAAUGUAGUUCGCGUAAAGAAUUCGUACAUAGUGUGGCAUUCCAUAUUUACAACUCUUCAAUACGUAUCAAAGAUUUUUCCAUUACCGGAAAGCGCAAAGAUCAAGAGUAAAGUUCUGGAAAUAUUGAAUAGUUUUCUGGAUGAUAUAUCACAUAAAAAUGUUUCCGAGAAUACUGUCAGUAAUCAAGUAUAUCACGAAGUUUUAAAAUGGACGUGCAUUCUUGGUGGCUUAAAGUGCAAAGAACAUGUCAAUGCUAUAUUACAGUGGCAUUUAAAAAAUCCUGUACAAUACAGUAUUAUGAGUUUGUAA